AUGGCGUCUCGUCGUCUACUCUUCACCAGACCGUCCACCGUAUACCGAGACGAAGACCAUGAGUUUGACAGUUACCAGGAUCUAGCCUCCUCCCAGCCAGUACCUUUGUUUCAGCUCUGCACCAAGACAGGCUCGAAAAGAGGCGCCAAAACCCGAAAGCUUCUAUCAGAGAUGUCAUCAAGCAGCGAACCGAAAGAACCACGUCCCAUGAGCCAACAAAAAGCCUUGUCUCAUCUCUCGGCCAUGCACCGUGCAAAUCAGACAGACCGUCAUUUGAACAUACCUGCAGAGUCCUUCACACCUUCGCGUCUUGAAUCGCAUGGUUGGGAGAGCAGCGACGAUGGUCACUUUCAACGCAAUCCUUUGACUUAUACCAGAUCCUAUGAGUCCUCCUACUCGCUAGGUACUCCUCUUCGUGAAUCUGUCUCCGAGCAUACCUCCUUGGACCUCUACGGAGCCAACUUUGAUCGAACCUAUAGUCAGUCCCCAUACGAGUCCCUACGAGUCCAAUCCCGCCUCAAGCGUCCUGAAACCCGGAUUACAUCUGGUCUGGAGAUCUCGGGCCCUGGGGCUCAGUAUUCGACUACUCAUUUGGAGCGCGCGCGUACCCUUGAACUGGAAAGGGAGGAGAAACAGCGCAGGUUCAAAGAAGAGGUCACCGCGCUGCUCAAGAACGUUGCGCAGAAGCCUGAAAGCCCCAAACUCGACAACGAGCAGUUGCUGGCCCGGGAAAACGCUAUGGAGACCAUUCCAGUCAAGACACAUGCGCCACAGGAGAGUCAGGCAUCCGAGACCAAGUCUACCAGUACAGCCAAUGUGUCUCACCUUGACAAUGACUCCACCGCUCAGAACAGCAUUUUGAGGACUCCUCCUGGACUCACCAGACCCGUUAGAGAAGCAGAAGCGUGGUUUCACAAGGAUAAUCGAGGACACAAAAAACUCCGCCAGCAAGUCAAGGGAAUCGCAGAGAACUGUGCUAGUGAGAAGGAGAAACAGACGACACAGCUACUGGGUGAUGUCAUCCUCAAUCUCUAUUCCUACGUCGCCAAAGAUCGCAAGAAGCAGGCUGGCAACUUUGCUGACUGGGGAAGCGUGGAUCCUCAUUACUGUUCACCCAGCCAGGACGGCAACCAUAGCUACUUUGACUACUGA